AGCGCCAUGCUCAUGACUAGAUACAACCAGCAUUUCCUUUCUUGUGACACAUCGUGUCGGCACAUCUUGAGCGCUAAACAGCAGAGUUGUGCAAAGCCGACCGAUGAAGAAAACUGCUUCGUUCAAAGCGGAAAAAGAUGGACCACACACGUCAAAGUGAAGUCCAGGUUUCGUCCAUUGUUGUGGUGAAUAUAAUAUGGUGGAUGGUGAUGAUAGCAGGCAUCAGCUUGGGGGCCAUACACGUCGGUUUGUGCCCGGUGCAACCCAACAUCCCGGUGUACCUCACGGUACUGGGAGUGUCCAGCCUCCUUUCUCUGUGCGUCACCUACUGCAGGUGCGUCUGGGACGGCGGCGUGAUGAAGGUUGCGAGCUCGCUCUUCAUGACCCUGCUGCAUCUCUUCACUCUCUGCUGGUUCAUUGCAGGCACACACUGGAUUUACAGUGUCUAUCCACCCAGCUCCACACCAGGGGAUGCUCAGUACUGCCACAAAACAACCUACCAGUUUGCUUUUGUGGUCACCACAAUGCUGUGGGGUGCCAUGAUGCUUACCCUGCUCUGCGGCGGUUGCCUACUCCUGUUCACCUGCUGCACAACAGUAACGGCAAGAUGCAGAUUGACACCCGGCUGCAGUACCUCCUACGAUUUGGGGUACUUUGAAGACUGCCAGCAACUUCCAAUUUGUCGACAAACCAGAGCAACGCUUACUUCAAUCAGCAGAUGUCCUGUUGUCCUAAUUCCGAAAAGGUGGAUAUGUUCACGUCCUCGACUGCAAAGAGUCGCCAGGCAUGCGGCCAUCCUUCUUCUCCCAAGAGUCCGUCGUGUGUCCAGCAACAACCGCUUCGCCCCGACAGCAGGUUCCCCCAAACCCAAGAUCUUGUCAAUUUUGUUGAGGCCAGUUAAAUAAUUCCAAUGUUUAGAUUUGGAGAGCAGUGCAAAAAGAGGCAACAAGGAAGUUAAGACAAGACAAAACAAAGAAGCAAGCAGGAUAGAUAAGGGAGUGUCCACCCUCGAUGAGUGCCAGAGAGAAAAAAAAAAAAAAGAUCACAAAAUUGCUGCAGUUCAGCUAAAUGUGUUGCUUUUUUGACUUGGACUUGUUUCUUCAGCAUUGUCCACACCUAUUAGUCAGGACUUUGGGAAGGCCAUUCUAAAACCUUCAUUCUAUCCUGAUUUAGCCAUUCCUUUACCACUUUUGACCUGUAUUUGGGGUCAUUGUCCUGUUCGAAAACUAACUCUGGUCCAGGUGCUCAAAUAUUGAAUACAUUAUUUGAUAUGCUCUAUUUAAUAUGACAUGUAUACAACUGAUAUUGUUUGUACUUUUUCAAUAAUCUGUGUGUAAUGUUUAUUUCUUUAAUAAAUUGCGGGAGUCUGACUACACAAAGUGUAA